AAUGAUGAGAGAGAUUUGGAGGAGGAGAAGAAAUGGCGUCGAACGUGAAACCAGCUUUUGGAUACACAAUUGUGUACGUGGAAGAUGUUGAGAAAUCGGUGGAUUUCUACGCAAGAGCUUUCGGGCACAACGUCCGUCGUCUCGAUGAAUCCCACAGGUGGGGGGAGCUGGAGAGCGGGGAGACGACGAUAGCGUUCACGAAGAAGCACCAGCAUGAGACGGAUGACUUGACCGGGACGGUCCACUCGGCUCGUGACAGACCUCCCAUCGAGCUCUGUUUCUGCUACCCCGACGUUGACGCCGCUUUCACGAGGGCGGUGUCGAACGGAGCGGUGGGGGUGAGUCCGCCGGAGGAGAAAGAGUGGGGGCAGAAGGUCGGUUACGUCCGUGACCUCGACGGCUUCGUCGUACGGCUCGGCAGCUACGUCCACACCCCCUCCUAAUGUAUCUUCUCCAUUAGCCUCUCCGUACGCUUUAUAAUAUAUAUAUAUACACGAACACGACCUAAUAAUGUUCGUAUCCUGCGGUCUGCACUGUAUAUUGGUCGAUACGGUUGGAAAUGUAAUGACGGAUAUGGACGGACCCUUUCCAUGUGUUUACAAGUAGUUCCAUUUGGAAAUUUCCAUCGAAUC